AUGCCUUUGGGUAUCCAUAACCCGCUGCCGUCGUCUUUGAGCAGUGAAUGCAAAAAGGCGGCCAAAAUCUUGACGUCCUUUGUGGACCCAAGGCAGGCUUUCGGUCCGGACAAGGUCAUUCCACCAGAGAUUCUGGCUGGUGCAAAGGGUCUCGCCAUUCUCACAGUUCUUAAAGCCGGAUUCAUUGGUUCUGGUCGAUUUGGAUCCGGUAUCGUCGUUGCCCGUCUCGCUGAUGGCUCCUGGUCGGCUCCCUCCGCCAUCGUAACUGCUGGCGCGGGUGUGGGUGGACAGAUCGGAUUCGAGCUGACCGACUUCGUCUUCAUUCUUAAUGACGCCUCGGCUGUCCGCGCAUUCUCGCAGUUCGGAACGCUUACACUGGGUGGUAACGUCUCGCUGGCCGCUGGUCCGGUCGGUCGCAAUGCAGAGGCCGCCGGUGCGGCCAGCACCAAGGGCGUCGCGGCGGUCUUCUCAUACUCCAAGACCAAGGGUCUCUUUGCUGGCGUCAGUUUAGAGGGUAGCAUGCUCGUGGAGCGCAAGGAUGCCAACGAGAAGAUGUAUCAAAGCCGUAUCAGUGCCGCCCAGCUUCUGUCCGGCAGCGUGCGACCGCCGCCCUCGACCGAUGCACUGAUGCGCGUCCUCAACUCGCGUGCGUUCCAAGGCAGCGCACGUGCAGGCGGUGACUCGAUGUACAAUGACAUGCCCAUCUACGAUGAUAGUCAUGACAAUGUUGUCUGGGAAGGACGGACAGGCGAUGCCUACGGUCAGGGCACACGCACCAACCGCAGCCGGGCGAGCACCUUUGAUGACGCAGCCGGUGGUUACGAAUACCGCGACAAGCCACGCCGCGCGAAUACAUCCUGGGAUGACGAUGUGUAUGACCGACCUGCAGGGGGGCUGGGACGUUCUGCGACUACUCGCGGUGACUCAUUUGGUGACUAUGGACGUAGUCGCAGCAACACCACGCCACUCGACGAUGAUUACAGCUACUCCGAUCGCCGCCCUACCCGCCCGACUGCUCCUAAGCCAGUCUUUGGACAACGGACGGGCCAGGGCGCGGCUCUGCGGUCAGACCAGGCGAUCGCACUCUACACGUUCGAUGCGGACCAAGAUGGAGACCUGGGAUUCAAGAAGGGCGAUGUCAUCACGAUUUUGAAGCGUACUGAGAAGGCAGAGGAUUGGUGGACUGGUCGCAUUGGUGAUCGCGUUGGCAUUUUCCCCAGCAACUACGUUGAUGCCUCUUCUUAG